AUGGAAUCCUCCCGCAUCGCCUCCGUCCCCGACUCGAUCUCUCCGAGAAAACAGAUUCCUGCCAACCGAUGGGUCACGCUUCGCCAUCGACGACUGCAAACCAUUCCGGCACAACUCACCACAGCAACAAAUACCUUAGUUUCCUCCACGCCUCUUCCGGACUGGCUGGUCAAACCGGUGGUUGAACGUAUCCAUGGUCUCGAUUUGUUCUCGGAUGCUCCACAUGGCAUUAAUCACUGCUUGAUCAAUGAGUAUCUUCCUGGUCAAGGCAUUAUGCCGCACGAGGAUGGCGCGGCUUAUCAUCCCGUCGUGGCGACUGUCAGUCUCUGUGGAACGCUUGUUCUCGACGUGACUGAGAAGAAGAGGCAGAAGUGCGAUGAUGAUGAUGAUGACACACGGCCAACCUCGUGGCGAAUUGUGCAGGAGCCGAGAUCACUUUUGGUCACGACUGGUCAAGCCUAUACGCAGACGCUUCACGGGAUAGCAGAAGUUUCCGAAGAUGUUGGUCUGAAUGGCGAUACGGUUGCAAACUGGAAACUACUCGGCAAUCCGACGAUUAUCGAAGCCAAUGGAGGCAAGAAUUUACGAAGCACGAGAAUCAGUUUGACGUAUCGAGACGUCAAGAAAGUGUCGAAACUGGGAAGCAAAAUCUUUGGGAAGCCACGAACUUAA